AUGCGCUCCACACCUGCGAAAGUCGUUUACAUGUGCCUUCACAUUCUGACUCUCUGCCCCCAAAUACAGGAGUGCAAGCCCAGGGCCUCAGAUUUCCGGACAUAUGUGGAGAACCGGACACGACAUUCAGAUGAUCUGAGCCGGAAGCAGAUCCGGGUUUACCAGCUGUACAGCCGGACCAGUGGCAAGCACGUCCAGGUGCUGGGCCAGCGCAUCAGUGCCAACGGCGAGGAUGGGGGCCAGUAUGCUCUGCUUGUGGUGGAAACGGACACGUUCGGGAGUCACGUGCGGAUCAAAGGGAAGGAAACGGGACAUUACAUCUGCAUGAACAAGCGAGGCAAGAUCCUGGGAAAGCUGAACGGGAAGAACCGGGAGUGCGUGUUCGUGGAGGAAGUGCUAGAGAACAACUACACGGCUCUGGUGUCGGCCAAGUAUAAAGGCUGGUACCUAGGUUUCACCAGGAAGGGACGGCCGCGGAAGGGCUCAAAGACCCAGCAGAAUCAACGGGAGGUCCAUUUCAUGAAAAGACUCCCCAAGGACAAGGGAGACCAUCACAGACCUUUCAAAUACACCACUGUCACAAAGAGGACUAAGAGAGGACGUCACCACCGGGACAGCUAGGAUUCCUGCUUCUUCCCUCUCCCAGGCCUGCCCCGACUCAGGCCUAUGCCUGGAGCCACGUUUUUUUAAGUGAACGGAACGAAACCGAAGAUACUUUAUUUUUCUACUCAUUGCGAAAGGAACUCUGAAUACGGCUGAUAUAUAUUUAAAAAGGGAAUUGGGGUGUGUGUGCCUGUGCGAGUGGGUGUGCAUGUAGGUUAUUUAUAAGGCGAUAUCUCUUUUGGCUUCUUCAAUAGGGAUGGGGCUGCUCAAU